AUGGCGGGGGCGAUCGCCGGCGCGGUGGCGGCGACGCUCCUGCUGCUGUUGCUGGCCUUGGCAUCGGCCGGGGCCGCCGCGGGGGACGGGCGGCGGCUGCACACACUCUUCUCGGUGGAGUGCGGCGACUACUUCGACUGGCAGGCGGUGGGGCUCCUCCACAGCCUGCGCAAGGCGGGGCAGCCCGGCGGCGUCACCCGCCUCCUCAGCUGCGCCGCUGACCAGCUCUCCUCCUACCGCGGCCUCGGCAUCGGCCACACUCUCCAGGUCCCCUCCUACAGCCGCCACCCCCGCACCGGCGACUGGUACCCAGCCAUCAAUAAGCCUGCAGGGGUGGUACAUUGGUUGGAGCAUAGUGCUGAGGCGGACAAUGUCGACUGGGUCGUAAUCUUGGAUGCAGACCAGAUAGUGCGAGGUCCUAUUAUUCCUUGGGAACUCGGAGCAGAAAAGGGAAAGCCUGUUGCAGCUUAUUACGGGUAUUUGAAGGGCUGUGAUAACAUUCUUGCACAGUUGCACACUGCACAUCCAGAAUUUUGCGACAAAGUUGGCGGAAUUCUGGUCAUGCAUAUCGAUGACUUAAGGGCUCUAGCCCCUUUGUGGCUUUCGAAGACUGAAGAAGUGAGGCAGGAUAAGUCCCACUGGUCAACUAAUAUUACUGGUGAUAUAUAUGGCAUGGGUUGGAUCAGUGAGAUGUAUGGUUACUCAUUCGGCGCUGCAGAAGUAGGUCUACGGCACAAGAUAAAUGAUGACAUAAUGAUCUACCCAGGUUAUACUCCAAGAAUUGGCAUUGAGCCGCUUAUCCUCCACUAUGGUUUGCCAUUUAAAGUUGGAAACUGGUCUUUCAGUAAGUUAGAACACCAUGAGGAUGGUAUAGUUUAUGAUUGCAAUCGCUUAUUUCCUCCACCACCAUUCCCUAGAGAGGUUGAGGGAAUGGAACCGGACCAGAAUGUGAAGCGGGGCUUAUAUCUAAGCAUCGAGUGUAUGAACACAUUGAAUGAAGGGCUUCUUUUGCAUCACACAUCUGUUGGGUGCCCGAAACCACAGUGGUCAAAGUAUCUGAGCUUCCUUAAAAGCAAAAGGUUCUCAGAGCUUACAAAACCAAAGUACUGGAGCAGUCCAAAGGUUGAGAACAAAGUGACUGUCCAACAUGUUGCAUCGCCCAAAAGCAGACAUCCAAAAAUACACACCCUUUUCUCUACCGAGUGUUCGUCGUAUUUUGACUGGCAGACUGUUGGGCUCAUGCACAGUUUUCGUUUAAGCGGUCAGCCUGGUAAUAUUACACGCUUAUUGAGUUGUACAGAUGAGGAAGUGAAGAAUUAUAAGGGACAUGACCUUGCUCCCACACAUUAUGUUCCAUCUAUGAAUAGAAAUCCAUUGACAGGAGACUGGUACCCAGCAAUCAAUAAACCAGCAGCAGUUCUCCAUUGGAUUAACCAUGUGCAGACUGAUGCUGAGUUCAUUGUUAUCUUGGAUGCUGAUAUGAUCAUGAGAGGACCCAUCACUCCAUGGGAGUAUGGUGCAAAACGUGGUCAUCCUGUUUCAACUCCCUACGACUAUCUGAUUGGUUGUGACAAUAUACUUGCAAAGAUACACACUCGCAAUCCAUCUGCAUGUGACAAGGUUGGUGGUGUAAUUAUCAUGCAUAUUGAUGAUCUCCGACGCUUUGCUAUGUUGUGGCUACACAAAUCGGAAGAGGUUCGUGCAGACAAAGAGCACUAUGCGACAAACAUUACUGGUGAUGUAUAUGCAUCUGGCUGGAUAAGUGAGAUGUACGGUUACUCUUUUGCAGCAGCCGAGCUUAACCUGCGGCACAUCAUAAAAAGUGACAUAUUGAUAUAUCCAGGAUAUGUUCCUCUACCUGGAGCUAAAUACAAGGUUUUCCAUUAUGGCCUGAGAUUUGGUGUUGGUGAUUGGAGCUUUGACAAGGCUGACUGGAGAAAUACUGAUAUGGUAAACAAGUGUUGGGCCAAGUUCCCUGAACCACCUGAUCCAUCUUCUAUCACAAAAGAUGAUAAAAAUGCACGGGAGAGGGAUCUUCUCAGCAUUGAAUGUGGGAGGGCUUUGAACAAGGCUCUAUACUUGCACCACAAACGCAGAAAUUGCCCUCGGCUGAGCACCACUACAGGCAACAUCUCCAAGAAAAUCGAGGAAGUCUCAACCACCAAUAAACUUGAAAGCGUUACACAACGGUCAUCCACGACUACAGUUGGACGAAAUUCAGAGACCAUGGAUGUGACAGCACAGCAGGCUAUUGAAAGUGCCACAGGAUCACGUGCACAUAGACCAAGGAGACUAGCCAGAUCAUCAAAGAUAUGGAUUAUUGCUAUCUGGGCAAUAUCCGUACUUGUUUUUUUGCUGGUAAUCUCGAUGUUUUUCUCGGAUCAGAGGAGAAGUGUUUCAAGAUCUAGGGCUUCCAGAAGCCAGAAGGCCCAUAUUUGACUAUAAAAACAAAGUAACAAACAGUAUGAUCAUAAGUUAUAUCUUUGCCAAUACAUCACAUAAAGGGAGUACAGAACCAUGAUACUAGAGGCAAACACCACCUAGUUGAGCUAUCAGAAGAACUCGGAGGAGAUUGACCAUGGAAAUUCUUGUCAUUUUUGACAAGUUUUUUUAGUUGCUAGUAGCAGAUUUUAGUAGCCACUACUGCAGCUACCUCCGUUGUAUUUAAUUUUGUAGGUUUUUGCUUAGCAUGGUGUAAUUGAUAGGCUUUCCCCUGUUUUCCCUUGUCAGCUAAAGGUUCAAAUGUGUAGAAAGAUGUAUGUGAUUAAGUAGCAUACAAAAUUACAAAUACAAUA